AUGUCUUUGCGCCGCUUCUUCAAGAAGGCACGGCAGCGUGCCAGCCUCGAGGCCGAGUCGCAGCCUCAAGAGACGACACUAAUCACCACCGAGGGACCUAGUGGUAGUUCAAUCCCAGUGCUGUUACCCCCUGCCGAGAGCAGUCAACUUGUUCCAGCUCCCCUAAGCCCUCGACGCAUAAGAUAUCUCAAUAUCAUUCGACAAUACUUCCCAUUGCCCCGGCGGAGAAAUUCCGAGCUCGCCGAUCGCCACGCUGGCCUUGAGUCCAGACCACAGAUGAGUGAAUUCGACAGUCAUCAAGUCAGCCUUGAUGUUGUUAUGCCACAUUUUGAACUCGCCGGUCGCCAUGGUGGUCUUGGGUUCAGACCGCAAAUGCGUGGAUUCAUCGGUGGUCUACUUGAGAGACACCUUCAACAUCAGAUGAACAGACACCUCGGCAAUGAGAUCGCCAGUCACCAGGACAGGAACAGCCGAGCAGAUGUCGAACAUGACAAUGCCCAGCAUUCAUAUGAACCCGCCAUACCCAUGGAGUUUCCAUUGUGUAAUACCGAGGCCGAAGGAGCACAGCUUGACCUUGCCAUGAUGAGAGAAUUUGAAGACGCGUUCGCCCUUUACGAGGCUAGUAACAGCCAAGCAGAUGUUGAAGAUCAUGAUCCUCAGAAUGCACAUGGAUUCACCAUGCCCCAAACUUUCCCGCCACAGAAUGACAAGAUCGAAGGCCACAGCCUUCUGCGCCCAACCCCACGAAUGCAAAUCCGUGCAGCCGGCCCCGUGCCUUCACACAGUGGUAACAUCCCAUACUACAGCACAUCAGAUGACGACAACAAUGAGCCUCGAGGAAGGGAGAACUCCGAUGAUAACCCAUCAAGCGACCGUGGUUCUCAAGUACGACGCGGAAGAUCACUUCGACGAUCUGGAAGCCCUUUUAGUGAUGUGUUUCCUGCGCUUCAGGGUAGUAAUUACCCAUCGAGGGACCCUUCUCAAGUACAUCGUGGCAGAACACUUCUCCGGGCGUCAAGCCUUGUGAACGAUCCGUGGGUAGCCCUUUGGGGUCCUAUCAGCCUACCGAACGACCAGAUUUUCCAAGAACCAUGCGGCAUAACAACUCGGCGAGCUUCGAACGUUGGCGGCGACUCAGCGAGCGACUCGGGUUCUCAGGAAUCACGCGGCAGAACACUUCGAAGGGCGUCAAGCGUCGUGAACAAUUCAGCAAUUGGCCCAGUUUCUCAGGCACCACACAACAAAACACAACGACGAGCGUCAAACGUCGUUAACGACCUAGCGAGUGGCCCGGUUUCUUGGGAACCACGCGGCAGAGCUCCUCGGCGAGCUUUGAGCCUUGGCGGCGACUCAGCGAGCGACUCAAUUUCUCAAGAACCACACGACAGAACACUUCGACGAGCGUCAAGUGUCGUCAACGAUCCAGGGAGUGAGCCAGUUGCCCAGGAACUACGCAGCACUACACCUCAACGAGGUUCAAGCCGAGCGAGCGAGCCGUGUACCGAACUAUGGGAUAGCCUGUACCGAAUGGGCGACCCGCAUGCUCACGCACCACGCGGUGCAAGCCCUGUCAGCGAUAUAUUUUCCAUGAUGAUCUCCACUGCCUGCAAAUCUUUAACCAGUUCUUCAAAGUUCGAGGAACUUUUCGCCAGCAGUGAGGAGAUGGAACAGACAAAUGUUAUGGUGGGUCGGUGGGUCGAGGAAGUUCAACAAGCCAGGGAAGAGGACAGUGAGCCCCUCCGGCCCGACCACGGCCCUGGUGGUGGAGAACGCCAUCAUUGA